AUGGCGGCGGCGGUCGUGCUGCUGCUGCUGCUGCUGGCGGCGUGUCCCGGCCCCGGGCGGGCGGGCACGGGGCGGGAGCGGCGGGACGAGCUGCGGGAGGAGCUGCUGCUGAGCCCGCUGCCCACCGGGGACGUGGCCGCCACCUUCCAAUUCCGCACGCGUUGGGACGCGGACCUGCAGCGGGGAGCAGUCUCUCACUACAGGCUGUUCCCGAAGGCGCUGGGGCGGCUGGUGGCGGCGCUGGGCGUGCGGGAGCUCCACCUCGCCCUCACCCAGGGCUUCUGGCGCACACGGUUCUGGGGGCAGCCGCCCCUCCAGGCACCCGCCGGCGCCGAGCUCUGGGUCUGGUUCCAGCCCACAGUCACCGAUGUUGACAAAGCCUGGAAAGAACUGAGCAACAUCCUCUCGGGAAUAUUCUGUGCUUCUCUCAACUUCAUUGACUCAACCAACACAGUUAUUCCAACAGCAUCCUUCAAACCCCUGGGCUUAGCCAACGGGACAGACCACCAUCUCCUGCGAUACGCCGUGCUGCCCCGGGAAGUCGUCUGCACAGAGAACCUCACGCCUUGGAAGAAGCUGCUCCCCUGUGGCUCAAAGGCCGGGCUCGCUGUGCUGCUGAAGGCCGAGCGCUUGUUCCACAGCAGCUACCACUCCCAGGCAGUGCACAUCCGGCCCGUCUGCAGGGAUGCCUCCUGCAUGGCUGUGUCCUGGGAGCUCAGACAGACCCUCACUGUGGUCUUCGAUGUCUUUUCCAGCGGUCAAGGAAAGAAGGGUAAGCCUGGGGCUUCUUCAAGAAGAGGUGACACAGACUGCCCUGGGAGUCAAGCUGAGGCAACUUAA